ACCAAACACGGUGAGCAACAGAGACCGUCGAAAUCAAGUGCAAGUAUCCCUCCAGACCUGCGUGCCAUGAAUCUACUAUAAUUUAAGAUACAGUCUUGCAAAGAGGAUGUCUAAAGAGGGUUCCCAUGGUUACGGUGUUCUGUCCGGGGAGGAGGAGUCCAAAGGGGUUUUGUCAAAGUCCGAUGUGCUAAACAGUCUGCACAAUGCGGGAGACAGAUUGGAUGACGAUGCUGCUGCUAGGAUAAUUGGAGGAUGCUGGAGCUCAUAUAGGGAUAAACGGCUGUUCCGUCUCCUGAAACACACAGUGUGCGCAGCGGAACACUGCCUGACCUACGAAAUCAUAAGAAAGCUCAGCCCAUCAGAAGCAGAGCUUUUAAAGGACCCUAGUAUGCAGUGCAAGGUUAGAUUCAGGUUUGCCGGAAGUGAGUUCCCUCCCAUCAUUGUGUUCAAAAUCUUCCACAAAAGCGGAGGCCAUGGAAACAAGUACAUAACCGGGAAGAGAGCGAUCCGCCCCGCGAGCGAGGCAGCAGUUGACGCAUGCAGAAUGAUGGGACACCGGAGGUUUAUUGAUCAAAUUAUACUCGAUGAAAUUCAGCGACAAGGAAAGAAAAUAGUGGAUGAAAGCGACGUGACCAGCCUGAAAGAAUACAUGCAGUACGUCAGCCACCUGGAUGAGAUGCCGGCGUACUUGGGUGGCAGGGAUAACUCGUGGAGGAAGCUGUCCUUGCAAGGGCUGCCCCGGACCACCAUCAUGUAUGACAUUGUGGAGUACGCAGAGACAGGCAGCCUGUCGGACAGGCUGAGGGGGGAGCUGCCAGGGCUGCUGGUGAGACCUCUCUCUCAGGACGCGUUGCUUUGGCAGCUCACAGCCAUCUCUAAGCUCAGUUCUCCACUCGUUCCUCAGAGCUCGAUGGCCUCUGUGCACAGACCCCCCCUACGCUCCGCUACCCCCCAGUGCUCGUCCCGGCGCUCGGGCAGGGCCCGCCAGAAAGCAGCCAAGAUGAGACGGCUCUAUGGGCUGGACAGUGACCCGGCCGAGUUUGUAUUGUUUCUGGCAGUGCUUCCUUCAUAGUGCUUAUUAAAAGGUAAUUGCAUGGAAUUCCAUUCCAUGUGACCCCUGAGCUCUAGUGGCCCCACCUACUCUCUCUAUAUGAACUGGAAUGGAGAAGCUUGCUAAAGACCGAUAACGAGAAAACAUAUGUAACAAUUGAAUAUUGGGGCGAGCCAGAAUCAUUGCAUUAUGUGGCAUUUGAAGCCAUUUACUCUUUAAAUGAUGA